UUACGCCAUCUUUUCAGGCAGUGUCUGACGCAGUGGACAUAAUAAAGACAAUAAUGACGGAUAUUUCGGUACAUGAUAACAGAGUAAUGGGUUACUCUGUGGAUUCUAAACCUGACGAGGAAAUGAAAUGUAAAGUUAAAGAGGAAAAACAAGCUGCACAGUUUGAUUCAGGAGGAUAAUCUCUCUUCAAGAUUUGUAUCAUGACGGAUAUCAUCAUCAUCAACUUGAUCUGUCAAGCUAUUUUUUCUGGAAAUGGUUACACUUAUCCAGUGUCCCCUAACAUAUCGUCUGCUGUUCUUCAAGACCCGGACUGUGAGAAAGCCUGGUACAGGAAGGCUCCAGGUAAUGGAUCGGAGUUGGAGUUUUUAUCAGAUGGACAACUUCAUGGAAACCAAAGUAAACUGGUUGUUGAUGUGAGCGAGAAAAACAUCACAAUCACUAAAUGCAUCGAGCUUCUCCAUGAUGUGACGUGUCAUGGAUCAAAUCAAAAGUUUCAACACCUUUACCAAGUCACUGACCGCAACGCUACCAACCCAACCAUCAAGAUCACCACCACCACCACCACCAUCAUCAUCGUCGUCAUCAUCAUCAUCAUCAUCAUCAUUGGGAUUGGAGUCUUGGUGAGCUUGAGAAGCUGCUGUGAACAAACAGAAGAACAGAAUAACGAGGGUCGCCAUAGCAAAUCAUCUCUCCACUUAUCCCUAUCUUCUGCAUCCUCAACACUUGCACCCACUAGCUUCAAAUCCUCAUUCAUUACAUCCAUAUACCUCCUCUUUGGCCUUCCUCUUUGCCUCCUGCCUGGCAGCUCCAUGUCCAACAUUCUCCUACCAAUAUACUCACUCUCACUCCUCUGAACAUGUCCAAACCAUCUUAAUCUGUCCUCCCUAACUUUGUCCCCCAAACAUCCAACAUAAAUUUAUGUACAUUUUAUCGUGGCUUGAAGUACUUAUUCUUACUGUAAUGGAGAUUAAACUAAAAUAAAUUAAAUCAGAAUAAAUAAAUUACAAAUAGCAGAUAUUUAAAUCACCUUUUAAUAUAUAAUAAAUAUCUAAGUGUCAUUAACUAUAUAUAGAUAAGAAGUUAGUCAUCCAGUAAAAAUAUAUUUUGUAGACUUUAAUGUUGCAGUGUUAGUGAUAGAAGAAUGUGUGUGUGUGUGUGUGUGUGUGUAGAGUUUAGAUGUUUUAUCUUUAUUUAUUGGAUUUCUUUACUGUUUUGUCCAUCAUGGAGGGAUUUCUGUCUGUCUGUGAGGAUUAAGAUUCAGCUUCAGUGCCUCUGUCCUUCCUGCACUUAUCUUUUCCAUCACUGCACUUUUUCAAGAAUUUUUAUUUUUAUUUUUUUUCAGACAUUAAGUUGAUAAAACAAUCGAUUUAAAGCCAAAAUGCAAUGUUUUCAUACAAAUCUGUUAAAGGUGGGGUCUCCGUUGUUUGAGAAAGGCUUCAGAAAACUGUGCUGGGGCGCCAAACAAAACAAAACCAACGUGUAGCCAAUGAGCAGAAAGGGGCGUGUCUUGUCAAUAUGCGGCGGAGAGAGUGUUCAGUGCGCAUGUGUGACAUUAGCAGAAAGCGGUUUUAACGUUGACAUGGAGGAUAAAAACAAAGAAAGAAAGCGAAGAAAGACUUACGAUAAGGUAAGAAGUAGGACGUGUUAAUAUAGGAUCAGCUUUCCAGCGCUGGAGAGAACUAAGGUUGCGUUUUUCCUUCUCGAUCGGUGAUUAACGUUGGUUUUGCUUUGUUUUUCUAUUUACAUUACAGUAGCUUUUACUAACAGAAUACGGCUUUAUAUCACUUAAAGUUCCGAAUAUUAAAUCAAUCAAUACACUUACUUGUGUUACUGUCUUACUGUCUUACAAAGACUUACUGUUGCGUAAGUCUUUGUGCCUGAAACACGUGAACACGCUCCAAGUCUUCUGUUUCCAUGUUAUCGGCAGCAACGUUACGACCUCUGCCUCUGCCGUUACCUCUGCCUCGGAUUGUAGUUGUUGACCGUCUCCUUCCGCAUGAAACGGAGCUAAACCUUUCACGGUACAACACACAGUACUACAAAAACACAUUUGUAUCACGUAGUAUUACUAAGAUUUUGAAGAUGAUUUUAAGAUUUUGGUGCUUACCUACAAGGCCUUACACGGGUUAGCUCCUCAAUAUCUGACUGAGCUUUUAAUUCCCUAUAUUCCAUCUCACGACCUUCGUUCUUCUGAAACUGGUCUUUUAACUGUUUCCUUAACUCGUUUACGAUCGAUGAGAGACAGGGCUUUUUCUUCACUAGCUCCAAAACUUUGGAAAUCUUUACCAACUGAGAUAAGGCAAGCAAAAUCUCUUGGCAUUUUUAAAUCUCAGCUUAAAACUCAUUUUUUUAGGGUAGCUUUUAAUUGACUAAUUGUAAUUUUACAUAGUGCUUAUUUUAUAGUCUGUUUUUGUUGCUUUAAUUUUAAUGUUUAUAUUAUAUGGUGUAUUUUUGUUUUAUUUGCUUUUGUAAAGCACUUUGAGAUACACUUUUAAAGGCACUAUAGAAAAUAAAGGUUAUUAUUAUCAUUAUUAGGGCCUGAGCACCGAAUGGUGCGAAGCCCUAUUGUUUUUCCUCGGGAGUAUUAUUUUUUUUAUUUUUUUUUUUUUUCCCACACAUUGGCCAAUUGGGGUCCCUUAACAUGCUCGAAAACUCUUGAAAUUUGGCACACACGUCAGAGUCGCGCGACACUAGGAUUGGACAAAGGUUGGAAUACGGGCGUGGCAGGGGGGCUCUGUAGCGCCCCCUGUAAUGCAAAAACAAACAUUGGUGCACAGAUCGGGCAAUUAUGUACGCACAUGUACGAGAGUUGGUACGCAUAUAGAUCUCAUCGACCCGAACAACUUUCGCGCUCUAAACUAUGAGCUCCGCCCAACAGGAAGUCGGCCAUUUUGGAUUGUUUUAUAAGUGCAUGCGGUGAACUUUUAAAUACUCCUCCUAGGGAAUUCAUGCGAUUGACAUCAAACGUUGUGAACAUGAUGCCAAGACAUUGCACUUGCUAAAUUGCGAAGGGAUUUUUGAUAUCUCGAACGGUGCUGCCAUGACGAGGCGACAAAGUUAUGGCGAAUUCAGAGAAACAGGAAGUGUCUAAUAUCUAAAGCAAAAAAUGUCUUAUUGGGAUGACACGCGGUGUGUAUGUUCGGCCAAGGAUUCCGAUCGCAUCGAUGUGCCUAUUGUGAAUCUCGGACAUAGCGCCACCAACAGGCGCCAGGAAGUGUGUCAGUCACAACAGUUGCAUGUGGUGAACUUUUAAAUACUCCUCCUAGGGAAUUCAUGCGAUUGACACCAAAAGUGGUGAACAUGAUGCCAAGACAUUGCACUUGCUAAAUUGCGAAGGGAUUUUUGAUAUCUCGAACGGUGCUGCCAUGGCGAGGCGACAAAGUUAUGGCGAAUUCAGAGAAACAGAAAGUGUCUAAUAUCUAAAGCAAAAAAUGUCUUAUUGUGAUGACACGCGGUGUGUAUGUUCGGCCAAGGAUUCCGAUCGCAUCGAUGUGCUUAUUGUGAGUCCCGGGUAUAGCGCCACCAACAGGCCCCAGGAAGUGUGUCAGUCACAAAGGUGGAUUUUUUCACAGUUGCAUGCAAUGAACUUUUAAAUACUCCUCCUAGAGGAUUCAUGCGAUUGACACCAAAAGUGGUGAACAUGAUGCCGAGACAUUGCACUUGCUAAAUUGCGAAGUGAGUUUCGAUAUCUCGAACGGUGCUGCCAU